AUCGAUACAGCGCUACACAUCACUAGCUAUUGUUAUUGCAAAUAAAAAAUUCGCUUAUUUGCCAAAAUUUGGAAAAGUUUAAAUAAAACAAGUAAAAUACACAACAAUUAUUCAGACAACGGUAGACAGUGCUUUUUUGCAGAGUACAACUGUUAAAGCAUAAAACAAGAAAUAAACCUCGCCCGCGUUAAUUAAAUAGCAACAACAACAAAAAAUACCAAAGAAAUACCAAAUGCCGUACAUUAUCAUACGCGGCAAUCUAGCCUCCUACAGUCACAAAUAUCCAUGGCGUGUACUCGUCUCUGGAUUGAAAGCUGACGAUAUCGAGCAGUUGAACAAAUUUUCAUGUGGGGGCUACAGCGAUGAGUCGACGAUUGUCUAUUUAGUGCAUCCCUGUCGCAUUUUGUCAGCGCUAGAGAUUUUGGGCUUUCGUGUGGUUGCGAGUUCAUCGACGGCAGUGAAGCAGGAUUAUAACGAAUAUAUGUGGACGAUGCGCAAGGAGUUCGACGAACCCGAACCCGAGUCUGAAACUGUAUCCGUUGUCCGUGAAAAUCUAUCAAAUAUUGGUCGCGAGGCCGCCAGUUUAGGCAACUAUCACAAGGUUGAUUCGCCGGAGUAA